AUGGGGCGGGCCCCGCUGCUGCUGCCGCUGCUGCUGUCCUGGAUCCUCGUCCCUGGGCUUCCGAGAAGGGCUCUCGCUGAGGUGAGGGAAGAAACCACGCUCCACCUGCCCGUCCCCACCGGCCUGGCUGACCUGGUGCCAUCCUCCUUUCCCCUCUCCCCGGGGCCCAAGCCCUCGGUGGUGGUGUCACCAGUCCCACCCAGAAGACGCAGCAGAGAAAAUGCAGCCCUUCCCAGCGCGACGGUGGCCAGGCCCAAGCGCCUGCCGCCUCUGGCAUUUAAUCACACGGUUGGCCGCAUAAUGCCAUCUGAACACAAUGAUGUCAAGUUCAAUUGCUCCAUCAGCAUACCUAACACGUACCAGGACACCCAUAUUUCUUGGUGGAAGGAUGGGAAGGAAUUGCGUGGGGCACAUCAUGCAGUCACUCACUUUUACCCCGAUGAUGAAGUCACAGCAGUGAUCGCAUCCUUCAGCAUAAUGAGGGUGCAGCGGUCAGACAGUGGGGCGUAUACCUGUAAGACGAAGAUAAACAGUGAAGAGAUCGUGUCUGACCCCAUCUACGUCGAGGUACAAGGACUUCCUUACUUCACCAGGGAGCCCGAGAGCAUGAACGUCACCAGAAACACCGCCUUCAACCUCACCUGUCAGGCCGUGGGCCCGCCGGAGCCCGUUGGCAUUGUCUGGUUUCAGAACAGCAGCCGCAUGAGUGAACAGCCCGAAAGAUCCCCGUCUGUGCUAACUGUCCCUGGUCUGACCGAGACGGCCUUCUUCAGCUGUGAAGCCCACAAUGACAAGGGCCUGGCCGUGUCCAAGGGCGUUCAGGUCAACAUCAAAGUCCUUCCCUCCCCACCAGCUGAGGUCAACAUCCGCAAUAGGAGCUCACACGGCGUCCUGAUCUCCUGGGUCCCGGGCUUCGAUGGCUACUCCCCGUUCAGCAUCUGCAACAUUCAGGUCAAGGAAGUGGAUCCUCUGAGUAAUGGCUCCGUCAUGAAUUUUAACACCUCUGCUUCUCCAUCUCUCUAUCAAGUCCAGCAGCUGCAAGCUCUGGCUAACUACAGCAUCAGUGUGUCCUGCAGGAAUGAGAUUGGCUGGUCUGCCCGGAGCCCUUGGAUCCUGGCCAGCACGACCGAAAAAGCCCCAUCGGUAUCACCUUUGAACGUCACUGUGUUUCUGAAUGAAUCUAGUAACAAAGUGGACGUCAGAUGGAUCGAGCCUCCCAUUGAGCGGCAGGAUGGGGACCUGGUGGGCUACAGGAUAUCUCACGUGUGGCACAGCGCGGAUGCUUCCGAAGAGCUGUCUGAGGACGUCGGCCAGGACGGCAGCCAUGCUCAGAUUCCUGUUCGGGCCCACAAUGCCACGUGCACCGUGAGGAUCGCCGCCGUCACCACAGGAGGGGUCGGGCCUUUCAGUGACCCCGUGAAAAUAUUCGUCUCCGCACACGAUUGGGUAGAUCUGGCCCCCUCGUCAGCUCCAACACCUGGCAAUACAGACCCCUUGCUCAUCGUCCUCGGCUGCUUCUGCGGAUUUAUUCUGAUUGGGCUGGUUUUGUAUGUUCCUCUGGCCAUCAGAAAAAGAGUCCAGGAGACGCGGUUUGGGAACGCCUUCACAGGCGAGGAUGUGGAACUGGUGGUCAAUUACACAGCAAAGAAGUCCUUCAGUCGGCGAGCCAUCGAACUCACCUUAAGCAGCUUGGGAGUCAGCGAGGAGCUGCAGCGAAAGCUGGAAGAUGUUAUGAUUGACAGGAACUUUCUAACUCUUGGAAAAAUUCUGGGUGAAGGAGAGUUUGGGUCCGUCAUGGAAGGAAGUCUUAGUCAGCAAGAUGGGACUUCUGAGAAAGUGGCCGUGAAGACCAUGAAACUGGACAACUUCUCCCAGCGAGAGAUCGAGGAGUUCCUCAGUGAGGCCGCCUGCAUGAAAGACUUCAGCCACCCCAACGUCAUCGGACUGCUAGGUGUUUGUAUAGAAAUGGGCUCUCAAGGCACCCCGAAGCCCAUGGUGAUCUUACCCUUCAUGAAAUACGGGGACCUACAUACCUACUUACUCUAUUCCCGACUGGAGACAGGAUCAAAGCACAUUCCCGUGCAGACACUGGUGAAGUUCAUGGUGGACAUUGCCCAGGGAAUGGAGUAUCUGAGCAACAGGAAUUUCCUUCAUCGAGACUUAGCUGCUCGAAACUGCAUGUUGCGCGAUGACAUGACGGUGUGUGUCGCGGACUUUGGCCUCUCCAAGAAGAUUUACAGCGGUGAUUACUACCGCCAAGGCCGCAUUGCUAAGAUGCCUGUGAAGUGGAUUGCCAUCGAGAGCCUUGCGGACCGAGUCUACACUAGUAAAAGCGACGUGUGGGCAUUUGGCGUGACCAUGUGGGAAAUUGCAACUCGGGGGAUGACGCCCUACCCCGGAGUCCAGAACCAUGAGAUGUACGACUAUCUGCUCCACGGCCACAGGCUGAAGCAGCCGGAGGACUGCCUGGACGAACUGUAUGAAAUAAUGCUCUCCUGCUGGAGGGCUGAGCCCUUGGAGCGACCCACAUUCUCCAUGUUGAGGCUGCAGCUAGAAAAGUUCUUGGAAAGUUUGCCUGAAGUGCAGGACAAAGCUGAGGUCAUUUACAUCAACACGCCGUUUCCAGAGAGCUGCGAGGGCCUGGCAGAGGGCCCCCCCCUCACUCAGCUGGACAUGGCCAUCGACCCUGACUCUAUCAUUGCUGCCUGUGCGACCAGCGCUGCUGUCAGCGUGGUCACAGCCCAAGUCCAUGAGAAUGGACUUCACGAGGGAAGGUACAUUCUAGAUGGGGGCAGUGAGAACUGGGAAGACGUAGCUCCCACCGCCCCAGCAGCAGGGACAGCGGGAAAGAACGGUGUUUUACCGGAGGACAGACACACGAGGAGCGGGGUCCCCUGGUCCCAGUCCAGCACGCUGCCCGUGGGGAGCCUACCGCCAGAUGAGCUUCUGUUCGCAGAUGACUCCUCGGAAGACUCAGCAGUCCUCGUGUGA